CGCACACAAAAACUUUGACAAGGGAAACUUUUGACCCGCAGCACAGUAUUCGAAGCAAGCAUGCCUCCCAAAAAGAAGGGGAAGGAGAAGUCCAAGGGCAAGAAGGAGAAGAAGAAGCCAGCAGAUGGGAAUAGCCUGGAGGAGAAAUACAGACGCAGCACCCUUGAUGUUGAAGUCCUGAAGGACCACCUUGCCCUGCGUCGGGAUAUUGCAAGGCAAGCACAGGCGUGCAGUCAUGAGCUGAAGACAAGGCUGAGUUCACUGGAGCAGACGCUGAGUGAGGAGCAGGAUGACAAGAAAGCUAUCAGUGCAGACCUGACCAGACAGUACAAAACGAUGCAGACAGAAAUGGGGGUCAAAGUUCACCAGCUGGAAAUUGAAGUCAGCCGACUACGUCAGCAGCUCGCUGUGUGCCAAGAAUCUCUGCAAAAUGAGCGGGAGGAGCGAGAACGCAUCACCCAGGAAAAGGAUGCUACCAUUGCUGAACUUCAAGGAAAGAUAGACAACAUGGAGACGGAAUAUGAGAAGAUCCUUCACGACAGUCUAGACAAUCUUCUGUCACGUCUUGCAGAUACCAAGAUGAACUGGGUAAAAGUGAGCACAGCCUUGCAUUUGGAGUACAAACACAAGCUGGCUGGCUUUGGGCUCAACCCCUUGGAUAUCUGAGGAACACCUGGCUUGUAGUAUUCAAGAGGAACCACCAGAUGUCACCCCUGCUUACAAGAGAAUUAAAAAGAAUAUGGAAGGCACUGAGAGAGGAGGAGCCCACGUGGUGCAGAUUGGGCAGGCUAAAGAGGAAACAGCCUGUCACACACACAUUUGCUGAUGUCACAAAUUCUUCUUGGUUUUAUUUACGUGGAUGUCCUAGAUAAUGUGGUGACACAACAGACAGCAAUGCUUCCUCAUGGUGUUUAGCUUUCCUCUAAAACCUUCAUUGCCAUAAUUUGCACUUCAUAAUGGGCCACCCAGGUCAGGACUGCUGCACUGAAGGCUAAUCAAGUACCCACACUCUCUGCUUACGCAGCCACACUCUUGUAACCUGGGCAGAAUGUGUCGGUAUAUACAGGGGUGGGAAAAAGUAGGUUUGCCAUAGUUCAUAUGGAAAAAGACAUGCAGGUUAUGAUUGCUACUACACUA